CUUGAGAUCUAUAAGUGAGCGUACGGAUAACUAAUUAUUAAUAAUUGUCAUAAGUAACAAUAAUAAUAUUACAAUGGAAUCCCUGAAAGACACCAAAAUUAUCAAGUUCCACCCAGAUACGCUGGAGGCCAUCAGAAAACUGUAUGGCCUGGAUCAACCGGGAGCUAUAAAUGAUGCAAUAGAUAUCCUCCAGGAGUGGACAAAGAAGCAGGAUCACUUCAUGAAGAAGGAUUUCAGUCGAGAAUUUCUGGAAAGGCUCCUGAUAAGAUCAAAAGGUUCCGUAGAGCGGUCAAAACAGACUCUGGAUAAGUUAUGCACUGCCAAAACAUUGAUGUCAAAAUUCUUUGCAAACUGCAACGUGAAGGAACUAACACACUUAGAAAUCGUCGAGGAUGUCAUCCUUCCGAGGCUCACCAGUGACUACUACAGGGUGUAUCUACUGAGAAACGUUGGUCAAGAAUUCGAGUACGAAUUUUACACGAAUUAUUUUAGGAGACUGGUUUAUCUGUUAGAAUAUGAAUACAUAAAUGACUACGUUGCCGGAGUAGUGGCCAUAUUUGACUUCAGACAAAUAAAUUUGGGAGCACACUUGAGGAAACUCAGUUUUGUUGAUCUGCAGCAGUUCCUUACAAUGGCUAUGGAAUGCUACGGCUUCAGGAUUAAAGGCAUCCAUUUCAUAUCCACGUCAAAACUGGUGGAAGCGCUGGUCGCCAUGUUCAAGCAGAUCCUCAGUGGUAAAGUGGCAAGUCGUAUCUAUGUUCACAACUCGUUAGAAUCGUUGCAUGAACAUGUGGAGAAAGACGUGUUGCCGAAAGACUAUGGAGGAGAUGAGAUGACGUUGACAGAAAUUCACCAAUUAAAACUGGACACACUAACCACUGAAGAGUUCAUGGACUACAUGAAGAUGAUGAAUGCUGCUGGCACCAACGAGGCGUACAGACAGGCUGACAAGUACAAUGAGCAAGUCAUGGGGAUGCCUGGAUCUUUUAGAACUUUAAGGGUAGAUUAGUGUAAGCUUAAAGGCCAGAUAUUUCAACCCGGAAAGGGAUCGUAACCGUAUCACCUCGAGGCGGUCAGUAUUGUUUGUAUGAAACUCCAUACUUCAACGCACACUUAUCUGCACCGUAACGUAAACGCCUCGCCUCGCGAUUGACAGCGCGCGAAAGGCGAUGACAGCCCUUUCCGUUUCAUAAUGUCUGCUAUGACCUUAUAGUUUCUGACACAUAGCCGGCGUGU